AUGGCGGCUAUGUUUUUAGCUAAGAGAGGAACCAUAAAUAUAUACAGAGCUGCUUCUUUACACAGGGAUUACAACAACACUACUCGAUCUGUUGUUGCUGAUGGAGUCAUUCCCGUCACUAUCUCUCGUUACUUCUCAUCCCAAGGAAACAACGGAAGAGACAAGUCAAAGCAAGAAGGGAUGGGGACAACUACAGAUGGCAAGGCUCCGAAUGUCACAAUGAGUCAUGCGGCGGAUUCAGCUAAAGAUGGAUUGAAACGAGCCAUCGAUGUAGCCACCGAGGAGAGUGGAGAUGCGAGCAAGCCCAAGAAUGUAGAUAAUGAUGAAGGAGGUGAAGAGAAUGUAGCUGUGGGUGAGGAUGGAACUGUUGAAGGCCAAAACCAGUCAUCAGGAUGA